UCUCCUGCUGACUUCCUGUCUGCCGUCAGGGAGGAGUCUCAGCAGCUGGAGGAGGAGCUGACCAAUCACCAGGAGGUACCGGCUGGAGGAACCGCCCACCACCAGGCAGCGGGCUCCAGACAAGAAGAUCGCCGCUCUGACGGGGAAACGGAUCCCGUGGACCGAGGUCCAGGUUCCGAGGAGGACUAGCCGUCUGCGGCAGAGACACA